UGGUAAUCACAAAUAUGGCGUUUGGCGGUGUGUGAUGUGUGAAAAUGUACGCCGCAUUAAAACGUAAAGCAAACGUUUUAGUCGCAUUCAAGCACUAAAACUCCAAUUUUAUUCACAAUUCAAUGAAAUAAGGAUGUCGCUGCCCCCUUAUUUAUUGGGUCCCAACCCAUGGGCCACCAUGAUGGCCCAACAGCACCUGGCCGCAGCCCAUGCCCAGGCCCAAGCCGCUGCAGCCCAGGCCCAUGCCCAUGCCUUACAACAGCAAAUACCGCCCCCACACCCAAAAUCGGACGUAAUGACUGAAGAAAAACUUCAAGAAAAAGCCCAAAAAUGGCAUCAACUCCAGUCUAAAAGAUUUGCCGAUAAACGAAAACUGGGCUUUGUUGAUGCCCAAAAAGAGGACAUGCCCCCCGAGCACAUCCGGAAAAUUAUCAGAGAUCACGGUGAUAUGAGCAGUCGGAAAUAUCGACACGAUAAACGCGUUUAUUUGGGAGCUUUGAAAUACAUGCCUCAUGCUGUAAUGAAGUUAUUGGAGAAUAUGCCCAUGCCUUGGGAACAAAUUCGGGACGUGAAAGUGUUGUACCAUAUAACUGGGGCUAUAACUUUCGUUAAUGAGAUUCCAUGGGUGAUUGAGCCCAUUUAUAUAGCCCAAUGGGGUACAAUGUGGAUUAUGAUGCGACGUGAAAAACGCGAUCGUCGACAUUUUAAACGAAUGCGGUUUCCGCCCUUUGAUGACGAGGAACCACCCCUUGAUUAUGCUGAUAACGUCCUAGAUGUUGAGCCUCUUGAAGCAAUUCAAAUUGAGUUGGAUGCAGAGGAGGAUGCUGAGGUUGCGAAAUGGUUUUACGACCAUAAACCAUUAGUUGGUACUAAGUAUGUGAAUGGUCCAACGUAUAGAAAAUGGAAUUUAACACUACCAAUGAUGGCGACUUUAUAUCGAUUGGCAAAUCAACUAUUGACUGAUUUAGUUGAUAAUAAUUAUUUCUAUCUUUUUGACACUAAGAGCUUUUUUACAGCGAAAGCUUUAAAUAUGGCAAUUCCAGGAGGACCAAAAUUUGAACCUCUAAUUAAAGAUAUGAAUCCAGCGGACGAGGAUUGGAAUGAGUUUAAUGAUAUUAAUAAAAUUAUCAUUAGACAACCAAUUAGGACCGAAUACAGGAUUGCUUUUCCCUAUUUGUACAACAACAUGCCUCAUUUUGUGCAUUUGUCGUGGUAUCACGCUCCAAAUGUUGUUUACAUUAAAACGGAAGAUCCAGACCUCCCUGCAUUUUACUUUGAUCCUUUAAUAAACCCAAUUUCGCACCGACAUGCUGUUAAAAGUUUGGAACCUCUUCCCGAAGAUGACGAAGAAUACAUUUUACCAGAACACGUGCAACCCUUUUUACAAGAAACACCCCUUUAUACAGAUAACACCGCUAACGGUAUUGCCCUCUUAUGGGCCCCUAGACCGUUCAAUUUACGUUCUGGACGUUGUCGCCGAGCCAUUGAUGUACCAUUAGUGAAAACAUGGUACAUGGAACAUUCACCUCCUGGACAACCAGUUAAAGUGAGAGUUAGUUACCAGAAAUUGUUAAAAUAUUACGUUCUUAAUGCCCUUAAACAUCGGCCUCCUAAAGCACAGAAAAAACGCUAUUUAUUCCGUUCUUUCAAAUCGACGAAAUUUUUCCAAACUACGACUCUUGAUUGGGUCGAAGCUGGUUUACAAGUUUGUAGACAAGGGUACAACAUGCUCAAUUUACUUAUUCAUCGGAAAAAUCUGAAUUAUCUUCAUUUGGAUUACAAUUUUAACUUGAAACCGGUCAAGACUUUAACAACAAAAGAACGAAAAAAAUCCCGAUUUGGAAAUGCUUUCCAUUUAUGUAGAGAAAUUUUACGUUUAACAAAACUAAUCAUCGACUCCCAUGUUCAAUACAGACUCAACAACGUUGAUGCAUUUCAAUUGGCCGAUGGUUUACAGUAUAUUUUUGCUCAUGUUGGUCAAUUAACUGGCAUGUACAGAUACAAAUACAAGUUGAUGAGACAAAUCAGAAUGUGUAAAGAUUUAAAACAUUUGAUUUAUUAUCGUUUUAAUACAGGUCCUGUUGGAAAAGGUCCGGGUUGUGGAUUUUGGGCUCCAGGUUGGAGGGUUUGGUUGUUUUUUAUGCGUGGAAUUACACCUCUACUUGAACGUUGGUUGGGUAAUUUACUAUCACGUCAAUUUGAAGGAAGACAUUCGAAAGGUGUUGCUAAAACUGUGACGAAACAAAGGGUUGAGUCUCACUUUGAUCUUGAAUUGAGGGCAUCAGUUAUGCACGAUAUUGUUGAUAUGAUGCCUGAGGGUAUCAAACAGAACAAAGCAAGGACCAUUUUGCAACAUUUGUCUGAGGCUUGGCGGUGUUGGAAGGCAAAUAUUCCAUGGAAGGUUCCUGGUUUACCAAUCCCGAUCGAAAACAUGAUUCUUCGAUAUGUGAAAAUGAAAGCUGAUUGGUGGACAAACACAGCUCAUUACAAUAGAGAAAGAAUACGUCGAGGAGCAACUGUUGAUAAAACAGUGUGCAAAAAGAAUUUAGGAAGAUUGACAAGACUUUAUUUAAAAGCAGAACAAGAACGACAACACAAUUACUUGAAAGAUGGUCCUUACAUUAGUCCCGAAGAAGCAGUUGCUAUUUAUACCACAACAGUUCAUUGGCUUGAGUCUCGAAGAUUUGCUCCAAUUCCAUUCCCUCCAUUGUCAUACAAACACGAUACUAAACUCCUAAUUCUUGCAUUAGAACGUCUCAAAGAAGCUUAUAGUGUGAAAUCUCGACUUAAUCAGAGUCAAAGAGAAGAAUUGGGACUUAUUGAACAAGCUUAUGACAAUCCUCAUGAAGCUCUUUCACGAAUUAAACGUCAUUUAUUGACACAGAGAGCUUUUAAAGAAGUUGGAAUUGAGUUUAUGGACUUGUAUAGUCAUUUAAUACCAGUUUAUGAUGUUGAACCACUUGAGAAAAUCACUGAUGCUUAUUUAGACCAAUAUUUGUGGUAUGAAGCUGAUAAGAGACGAUUGUUUCCACCAUGGAUCAAACCUGCUGAUACUGAACCACCUCCUUUACUUGUAUACAAAUGGUGUCAAGGAAUUAACAAUCUACAAGAUGUUUGGGAUGUUUCUGAAGGCGAAUGUAACGUUCUUUUAGAAUCAAAGUUUGAGAAACUCUACGAAAAAAUUGAUUUAACUCUUUUAAAUCGAUUGUUACGUUUGAUUGUCGAUCAUAAUAUUGCUGAUUACAUGACGGCUAAAAACAACGUUGUAAUUAAUUACAAAGAUAUGAAUCAUACCAACAGUUAUGGGAUUAUAAGAGGUUUACAAUUUGCUUCGUUUAUAACACAGUAUUAUGGUUUGGUUUUGGAUUUAUUGGUGCUUGGGUUGCAAAGGGCCAGUGAAAUGGCAGGUCCGCCUCAAAUGCCAAAUGAUUUUCUCACAUUUCAAGAUGUUUCAACGGAAACUUGCCAUCCUAUAAGGCUCUAUUGUAGAUACGUUGACAAGAUUCAUAUGUUUUUCAGAUUUACAGCUGAGGAAGCUCGCGAAUUGAUACAAAGAUACUUAACUGAACAUCCUGAUCCAAACAAUGAAAAUAUCGUUGGUUACAAUAAUAAGAAAUGUUGGCCCAGGGAUGCUAGAAUGAGAUUGAUGAAACAUGACGUUAACUUGGGUCGAGCUGUAUUUUGGGACAUUAAAAAUCGUUUACCCCGAUCUGUAACGACCAUACAGUGGGAGAACAGUUUUGUUAGCGUGUAUUCAAAAGAUAAUCCUAAUCUUUUAUUUAAUAUGUGCGGUUUUGAAUGCAGAAUUUUACCAAAAUGUCGUACUCAACAUGAAGAAUUCACUCAUCGUGAUGGAGUAUGGAACUUGCAACAUGAAGGGAGUAAAGAAAGAACAGCUCAGUGUUUUCUGCGAGUUGACGAUGAGUCAAUGAGCCGUUUUCAUAACAGAGUCAGGCAAAUUUUGAUGGCGUCAGGAUCAACAACAUUCACAAAAAUUGUCAAUAAAUGGAAUACUGCUUUAAUCGGUCUAAUGACUUACUUUCGAGAAGCAGUAGUAAACACCCAAGAACUGUUAGACUUAUUAGUCAAAUGUGAAAAUAAAAUUCAGACUCGUAUUAAAAUUGGUUUGAAUUCAAAAAUGCCAAGUAGAUUUCCACCUGUUGUGUUUUAUACGCCUAAAGAAUUGGGUGGACUUGGUAUGCUUUCAAUGGGGCAUGUUUUGAUCCCUCAGUCUGAUUUGAGAUGGUCUAAACAAACUGAUGUCGGAAUUACUCAUUUCCGCUCUGGAAUGAGCCAUGACGAAGAUCAACUUAUUCCCAACUUGUAUCGUUAUAUACAACCUUGGGAAUCUGAAUUUAUCGAUUCGCAAAGAGUCUGGGCCGAAUAUUCACUUAAAAGACAAGAAGCAAACGCACAAAAUCGUCGUUUGACAUUAGAAGACUUGGAAGAUUCCUGGGAUCGAGGCAUUCCGAGAAUCAAUACUUUGUUCCAGAAAGAUCGUCAUACAUUGGCUUAUGAUAAAGGCUGGAGAAUUAGAACUGAAUUUAAACAGUAUCAAGUAUUGAAACAAAAUCCAUUUUGGUGGACUCACCAACGCCACGACGGCAAAUUAUGGAACUUGAACAACUAUCGAACUGAUAUGAUUCAAGCUUUAGGAGGUGUGGAAGGUAUCCUAGAACACACUCUUUUCAAAGGCACUUAUUUUCCAACUUGGGAAGGUCUUUUCUGGGAAAAAGCUUCCGGUUUCGAGGAGUCAAUGAAAUAUAAAAAAUUGACUAAUGCACAAAGAUCCGGUUUGAAUCAAAUUCCAAAUCGUCGUUUUACCUUAUGGUGGUCACCUACCAUAAAUCGUGCCAAUGUCUAUGUUGGUUUUCAAGUACAAUUGGAUUUGACUGGUAUUUUCAUGCACGGGAAAAUUCCCACUUUGAAAAUUUCGUUAAUUCAAAUUUUUCGUGCUCACUUGUGGCAAAAAGUGCAUGAGAGUAUUGUAAUGGAUCUUUGUCAAGUUUUUGAUCAAGAAUUGGAUGCACUUGAAAUUGAAACUGUACAAAAAGAGACGAUUCAUCCUAGGAAAUCAUAUAAAAUGAAUUCGUCUUGUGCUGAUAUUCUUUUGUUCUCAGCUUAUAAGUGGAAUGUUUCACGACCAUCAUUACUAGCUGAUACGAAAGAUACAAUGGAUAAUACAACAACUCAAAAAUACUGGAUUGAUGUUCAGCUCAGAUGGGGUGAUUAUGAUUCCCAUGAUAUUGAAAGAUAUGCAAGAGCAAAAUUUUUGGAUUAUACUACAGACAAUAUGUCUAUAUAUCCAUCUCCAACGGGUGUUUUAAUUGCCAUUGAUUUGGCUUACAAUCUUCACAGUGCCUAUGGAAAUUGGUUCCCAGGAUGCAAACCGUUGAUACAACAAGCCAUGGCUAAAAUAAUGAAAGCUAAUCCUGCUUUAUACGUGUUGCGUGAACGUAUCAGAAAAGCUUUGCAAUUGUAUUCAAGUGAACCAACUGAACCUUAUUUGUCCAGUCAAAAUUACGGAGAACUUUUCUCUAACCAAAUUAUUUGGUUUGUCGAUGAUACAAAUGUGUACAGAGUCACAAUUCAUAAAACAUUUGAGGGUAAUUUAACAACAAAACCAAUAAAUGGAGCCAUCUUUAUCUUUAAUCCAAGAACUGGGCAAUUGUUUUUGAAAAUCAUUCACACUUCAGUAUGGGCGGGCCAAAAACGUUUGGGUCAAUUGGCAAAAUGGAAAACCGCCGAAGAAGUAGCAGCUUUGAUUCGUUCUUUACCUGUUGAAGAACAACCAAAACAGAUAAUUGUGACUAGAAAGGGAAUGUUGGAUCCUCUAGAAGUCCAUCUUCUCGAUUUCCCUAAUAUUGUUAUUAAAGGAUCAGAGUUGCAACUACCAUUCCAGGCUUGUUUAAAGAUUGAGAAAUUUGGUGAUUUGAUUUUGAAAGCAACUGAACCACAAAUGGUACUUUUCAAUUUAUAUGAUGAUUGGUUAAAGACAAUUUCAUCGUACACUGCAUUUUCUCGUCUCAUUUUGAUCUUGAGAGCUCUACACGUUAAUACAGAACGUACAAAAGUUAUCUUAAAACCUGAUAAAACAACAAUCACAGAACCACACCACAUUUGGCCAACUCUUUCCGACGAUGAAUGGAUCAAAGUGGAAGUACAAUUAAAAGAUUUGAUUCUUGCCGACUACGGAAAGAAAAAUAAUGUUAAUGUUGCAUCAUUGACUCAGAGUGAAAUUCGUGAUAUCAUUCUUGGUAUGGAAAUCAGUGCACCCUCUGCCCAAAGACAACAAAUCGCAGAAAUCGAAAAACAAACAAAAGAACAAUCUCAACUAACAGCAACAACAACAAGAACAGUCAAUAAACAUGGUGAUGAAAUCAUUACAAGUACUACAAGUAAUUACGAAACGCAAACAUUUAGUUCGAAAACUGAAUGGAGAGUUAGGGCUAUAUCAGCGACGAAUUUACAUUUGAGAACAAACCAUAUUUAUGUCAGUUCAGACGAUAUUAAAGAAACUGGUUAUACGUAUAUUUUACCCAAGAAUGUUCUCAAAAAGUUUGUCACUAUUUCGGAUUUGCGAGCACAGAUUUGUGCGUUUUUGUAUGGAGUUAGUCCUCCUGAUAAUCCGCAAGUCAAGGAAUUGCGUUGUUUGGUUUUGCCCCCACAAUGGGGCACUCAUCAAACUGUUCAUAUACCGAACACACCGCCAAAUCACCCAUUUUUGAAGGAUAUGGAGCCCUUGGGGUGGAUUCAUACGCAACCUAACGAAUUGCCUCAAUUAUCACCGCAAGAUAUAACAACUCAUGCGAAAUUGAUGGCUGAUAACCCCACAUGGGAUGGGGAGAAGACAGUGAUUAUUACGUGUUCUUUCACGCCAGGAUCUUGUUCUCUAACUGCUUAUAAAUUGACACCUUCGGGGUAUGAAUGGGGAAGGGCUAACACAGAUAAAGGGAAUAAUCCAAAAGGGUACCUACCAAGUCACUAUGAGAAGGUACAGAUGUUGCUCUCAGAUCGGUUUCUUGGAUUUUUCAUGGUCCCGGCACAGGGUUCAUGGAAUUACAAUUUUAUGGGUGUUCGACACGAUCCAAGUAUGAAAUAUGAGCUGCAAUUGGCUAAUCCUAAGGAGUUUUACCAUGAAAUACAUAGACCAGCGCAUUUCUUAAAUUUCUCGUCUUUAGAGGACGGCGAUGGGGCUGGAGCUGAUCGGGAAGAUAUGUUUGCUUAAGUUGAUUUAGAUUUUAGUUUUAGAUUUGUAAAUAUUUUACUUGAUGAAUGAAAAUAAAUAUUUCUUAAUCUAG